AUGCAUGAUCUCGAUCCCCAUGAGCGGCCGCCAGACGGCAUACGCAAUGUCUACAAGAAGUACCAAAAGAUGAAGUUGAAUGCGUUGAACAAUGACCCAGACAUUAUUGAUCUGGCGAGCCAUGACGCCUCUGCAUCGACCACCAGCACUAAAGUCCAUGUUGUCAAAGAGUACGCCACCAAAGAUCUGACCGCUAUUUUCCAGGCUUUUGCUGGCCAGGACGUAGCCUUGGAUGUCAUAACUAUUCCCGACUCAGUCCCAGUCUACGAGCACGACGACAUGCCAGGUCUCCACAUCAUCCCCAGUCUCUUCCCCGCAGAAAUUCAAUCCAUCCUCUUAUCCCGUCUGCUCCACCGGGACCUCUCAUCCCCGGUUCAUCUCACAAACAUCCACACUCACUACACCAUCUCCUACCCCCCGUCCCAUACCUCCUUCUUCUCCAUCCCCCAUUCCUCCCCCACUACCAUCGCCACACCCC